UUAUCUGUCAAAUGUCCGGCCUGAGAACAGGUAUUCUCACUACAGACCGACGAGGAGCACCUUGUGUAGCGUCAUGGCUCAGCUCACCGAAGACGUCCAGCCCUCGUUCGAAACCACGCUCAAGUCCAAGGCCGUGUCCGAGAACUGUAACGUGAAGUUCACCUGCGUGGUGUCAGGACUCCCGGCUCCUGAACUGAAAUGGUACAAAGACGACCUGGAGUUGGAUCGUUACUGUGGUCUUCCAAAAUACGAAAUUCGGCGAAACGGGAAAACUCACACCCUCCACAUUUACAACUGCACACUGGACGACGCCGCCAUAUACCAAGUCUCUGCGAGCAACAGUAAGGGGAUUGUCUCCUGCUCUGGGGUUCUGGAGGUGGGCACUAUGAGCGAGUACCAGAUCCACCAGAGAUUCUUCGCCAAACUGAAGGCAAAAGCUGAGAAGAAGCGACAAGACCUGGAGGAGUCAAGCAAGAAAGCCGCAGCGGACAAAGAACCAGCUCCGAAAGAGACGCCGCAGAAAAGCCCAGAGCGGACGCCGCGUAAACGAGCCAUUUCAGAACCAUCGCAGAGCCCUGAAGAACUGCUCGUCGGCGCUGCAGAAAAGAACAGCCAAGUCCAAGAACCUGCCCCGACUUCACCCGUAGCUCCAGAGGUGAAGACGGACGGCGAGCAUGCGUUGAGCAAAAAGAAAUUCAAAAUCUCCAACAGCGUGGACGCGCAGACGGACCAGCCAAGCACGCCGAAGGGUAACACCGUCCGAAGCAACGUGAUGGGGAACGGCGGAGACAAUCAUUACGACGGGGGAAUGGGGCUGGCGCAGUUUUUGGCUGAAACGCUCCAGUCUCAGGCGGUAGAGGAGAAACAGGUGCCGAACAAAGAAGAGGCGGGUAAAGGAGGUGGAGAAAGUGUGAAAGAGAAGACGCAUGAGGAGGACGGCAAACAGACGGUGGAAGAGGAGAUGGAAGUAGAGACGGUGCAGGUGCAGGCGCAGGCGCAGGUGCAAGAAAGAGCAGAGCAAGAGAUGAAAGAGGAAAGCAAAGAGAAAGCUCAUCCCACACCUCCAAUUCGGCACAAGAAGGAACAUAAAGAACAGAAAGAACAAAAAGAACACAAGGAGCAUAAGGAGCAUAAGGACCACCACAUCCCCGCGUCCAUCUCCUCCAUGCUCCACUCCGUCAAGGACUUUUUCUUCGGGAAGAACAAGAAGGAACCCCACGAGAGCAAACCGAAAGACACCCCAGACUCCCCCGGCGUGCUCGAGCCGCCAGCCACGCCGCCGUCUUACUAUCUCAAACCCGAAAGCCUGUCUGAAACCCGGGCUAAAGACGAUUACGGAAUGCCCACGGAGGUCGCGCAGCUGCAGGGAGCAACGUCGGAAAGGCCAAAGGUCGCAGAAGAGCAGGAGGAUUUGUGCAGAGGAGACACUGCGCCGGAGAGCACGGCGGGGGGUGGAGCUGACCAAGCCAUGGAGGUGACUGAAGAGGAAACGGCAUUGUCCAGUCCGCAGAUACUCGCUGAGGUAUGGCCAGCUGCCCCACACUUGAGAGUUAUUUUUAGGGCGCGUUUCUGA